GCCAUUAUGGAUUUGUAAUCAAUGAAAUUCGGAAGCGAAUUAAGCCAAUCGUAUAUUCUGAGCAUGUUACUCAUCAAAUAAGUGUCAUUGUAAUUCCACAUGCGAAAAUGAGUUGGGGACUAGAUUUGUGGGACAAGUAUGACUGUGUCGGGAAACACACAGAAAAGGGCAUUGAUUUUCUCGACAAGUACUCAAAUUUCCUCAAGAAACGCUGUGAUAUUGAAGGCAACUACGCCAACGAGCUUAAAAGGCUGGUAAAGAACUUUCAGCCGAAGAAGAAAGAGGAGGAUGACUACCAGUUUACAGCGGCCCAGGGUUUCCUGAACAUGCUGAAGGAGGUACACGAUAUGGCGGGACAGCAUGAAGUCAUCGCUGAGAACACACAACAACAGCUCAUUGUUGACAUACAGAAAUGCGUCAUAGAGUUGAAACAGGAGAGAAAAAAGGCGCUAGUCGAAGGCUCCAAAGUUCAAGAUCAGCUCAAAAAUGUGUUACGGCAACUAGAAAAUUCCAAGAAGAACUAUGAAAAGAAGUUCCUCGAUUCUGAGCGGGCGUUAGAAGCUUUUAAACGUGCAGAUGCGGACAUAAAUCUUUCCAGAGCAGACGUAGAAAAAACUCGAUCAACGAGCAUGCGACGGCAACAGGAAUGCGAGGACAGUAAAAAUGAAUACGCAUCACAGCUACAAACCACCAAUAAGUUCCAACAUGAGUACUAUACCCAACAUAUGCCCCAAGUAUUCAAGCAACUUCAAGACGUCGAUGAACGGCGGAUAACGAAGAUGAAGAUGGCAAUCGAAGGCAGCGCGGGCAUCGAGAAUAACGUUCUUCCUAUCAUUAAGUCGUGUAUCGACGGGAUGAACAAGGCUGCGGCAGGAGUUAACCAUGAUGAGGAUACAAGAUUAGUGAUAGAAAAGUAUAGGACGGGUUUUCAAAUUCCUGGACCUAUUCCAUUCGAGGAUUUAUCUAACGGACCUUCCGCUAAUAGCAAUAACGUGAUUAACACUCCGGAUAAUCGGACAGUGUCUAAAAACUCUAAUAAAGCUGGAACUAUAGGCAAAAAGAAGAAAAAUCGUUCAGGAAUCCUUAAAAUAUUCGGAACCACAAAUGAUGAUCAGCAGAAGGAUGAACCGCCAGCACAGCGAAAAGCCAAAUUGUUAAAAAAGAUCGACGAAAUACGUGGGAAAAUUGAACAUGAAACAAAUGAAAGAGAGGGUAUGAUAAAAAUGAAGGAGGUUUUUACAAACAACAACCAGCUCGGUGAUCCAAACACCAUCAUCAAACAGUUGGAGAAAAACGCCGAAACACUCAACCAACUACAAUCAGAGCUGAAAAAAAUCCAGGAUGCUUUAAUGGAGGCAGAGAAUGAAAUGAGUGGAACGACAACGCUGGGUCGUCAUGGCUCUGACGACUCUAUGACACCAAGUGUGACAUCUAUAGAUAGUAACAAUGUGCAGGUCUCGGCACCGGGUACUCCAAGCCAGCUACACCAGAACCAGGAGGAGUAUUAUGACCCCCGAUAUAGCUAUAACUAUGGGCCAGUGGAAGACCCAGCCCAGGAGCCGGAGCCAUUUACACCAGACCCAGAGUUUGAUGUGGAAUAUCCCGUCAUAGGAUCAUGUCGAGCGCUUUAUCCUUUCGAAGCCACUGCAGAAGGAGCUGUAAACGAGGGCAGCGUGUCUAUGACAGAGAAUGAGGAAAUGUCUGUUCUGGAGCAGGACCAGGGAGAUGGUUGGACUCGUGUACGAAGGUCAAACAAUGAGGAGGGUUUUGUCCCGACCUCCUACAUUCAGUGCCACUUUUAUGACCAGGACGCGGUUUAGCGGGCACAAUAUAAAGACAGUGUUGAUGUAUUGGCCAUUUCGUUUUAACCUUAUUUUAAUGACAAGAAUGUGGUAUACCCAGCGCCUUUUGGGAACCGCAUAAAUGCAGUGACAUUUAAAAGUGGCCUCUUUUGUAAUACAUAAUAUUUAACGAUCAUAACACUGUCUAGCGGGGAGAGGAUUGUUACUCCCUCAUAAAUGCAAUGCCAUUUUGAUGACUGAAUCUACAAUGUUAAUCAGUUGGGCGCCAUUGUAUCCAACAGAGUCAGGCGCCAUUGACGAUGUAAAGAAGUCGGGCGCAAUUAUAUCCACCUAAUGAUAUACAUGUAGUCCGGCUUCACCUUGAUUAUACAGUGCAACUUUAUGAAUUAACCCCGUGCUGAAUAGCAUUUAAAUGGCUUAUAUGCUGUGUAUUGGGGGGACUUGUCAUCUUCGAUGACAAUAUAAAGAUGGAUAUUUCAUGAAUUCUGAGACAUUUUCUAUAAUGCCAGUCAAUUGAGUAUUCUUUUUUCAAUGAUUUCUGUCGUGGUGUUUACUAUUUCGGGAAUAAUUGUUACCUUUAUGUAUGGCAAUUUGUAGAGUGGGGGUAUUACUACACUAGUGUGACAAAAUCUGUAAGAGAAUGGGCCAAUUGCGUGUUGAAAGAUGUGUAUUUAUUGAAUAAACUGUAACAACCAUGUUUUAGAACACAGCAGCUCAUAAAGUAUGUUACACCUUUAUAAAGUAAAUAUCUAUUGUGUAUGAAAGCUUCCUAUUAAACGGUUUCCAGUGCCUGUAAAUUAAUUAAAAAGUUGUUAUAUUCCAUGGUUCUAAAUUGUUCUCAAAAGAUUUCACAUUCAUGUGUUAUUAUGUUAAUCUUAAAUCCUGAAUUUCUGUUUAUUUACAAAUGUAAGCAAGGAUGUUGCAUUAAAAUACUUUUUCUUCCAAAAUGUUUGUUUUUGUAAUAAUAUUUGUUUUUCGAUUCAAAUCGACUUCUUUUGUGCUAGGAACGAUAUAAGUGAUAAUUUUAUGUUCAAAUUUAGAUUUUAUAUUAAAAGUAUUUAUUUGUAUCUGUAAAAUGUAGUUUACUUUGUGGCACUAUUGUCUAUAGUGUUUAAAUGAUAACUAUUAUUGAUACACAUGUAACAAAAACCUUAGACAUGCAAUAUAUUGUUUAAGUCUUAAUUGAGGCAAACUUGCAGCAACAUCUUUUUUUUUACACCAUUUCUUUUUGUGCCAAAAUUUCAUUUUCUUCUUUCAUUUUACACUUCAGCACUUCAAACCUAAAGAAUCUAAGUAAUGUUAGCAUUAUUUUUACCCACUUUUCUUAGGAUGCAAUAACCAUUAGCAUAAUUUUCUCCACUGUUAGCAUUUUUUUCUUCAGUCUUCAAAGAAUCCAAUGAAUGUUAGCAUUGCCUAGUGCCUUUGAUAUUCGCUGUCUGUUUUAGGCAAGUGAUUAUUUGAAGCAGUACUUGCUGUGAAUAAAUGUCAAGAAAUUAACAAUACCCCCUGUCAAACAAAUAAAAAGAAAAACAUUUCAUUCACUUUCAAGUUAUUUUGUUAAAUAUGAGAUUUUUUAAAACCCUCGCCAGAACAUUAUUUAUAUAGGCAAGACCGGCAAGUGUUCAUUUACUUCUUUCAUAGUUUGGCAAUAGAAUUUGGUCAAUCGACUUAUGAUUUAUCACUAAAAUUCAACAUUUGACCAUUAAUACAUGGUGCUGUAGUGUUUUAAAAGAAAAUUAUACUGCUGCUGUUUUAUUGUAUGUUCAUUAUGUAACACAAUGUCAUAUUAUGUUACAUGAUUUAUAAGAAACAUGAUGUCAUAUUAUGUUACAUGAUGUCAUAUUAUGUAACAUGAUGUCAUAUUAUGUUACAUGAUGUCAUUAUGUUACAUGAUGUCAUAUUAUGUAACAUGAUGUCAUAUUGUGUUACAUGAUGUCAUAUUGUGUUACAUGAUGUCAUAUUGUGUUACAUGAUGUCAUUUUAUGUUACAUGAUGUCAUAUUUUAUAACAUGAUGUCAUAUUAUGUUACACUCAUGAUGUCAUAUUAUGUUACACUCAUGAUGUCAUAUUAUGUUACACAAUGUCAUAUUAUGUUACAUGAUGUCAUAUUGUGUUACAUGAUGUCAUAUUUUGUAACAUUAUGUCAAAUUUUGUAACAUGAUGUCACAUUAUGUUACAUGAUGUCAAAGUAUGUUACACAAUGUCAUAUUAUGUUACACAAUGUCAUAUUAUGUUACACGAUGUCAUAUUAUGUUACAUGAUGUCAUAUUAAGUAACAUGAAGUCAAUCUGUUUUUUCCUGGAUUCCUUUGGCUAUAGAUUUUCUAAGCAAAUACCAAUUCUUGUUUGAAAUUAUAAUCUUAUUCAGAAUGAAUAAUGUUGAAAAGAAAGUUUCAUCACAGAUGAAUUGUUAUACAACCAUUAGUCAGGUUUAUUUCCUUGUUUUGGACACUUACGCUGCCAACCCAUGAUCAAUAAAAUUGUCAAUGAAAUUGAACCUGAGUUGACAAUAUUGAGGACUUAAUCAAUAUGCUGAGAAAAUCAGAGAGCUUGAAUAUUUAUUUACAAAUUUUCAAUAUUACUAGUAUUCUUUUUCUAUAGAAUGUUUAUCUAUAUUUGAGUACAAAUGAAUAAAACUUUUUAGAUAAAUGAUGACCCAGUUGGUGCCUCAAAAAAGAUUACUUAUUCUAUUGACUCAAUAUUAUUCAACCAUUAUUAUUAUAGAUUUUAUUGAUUCAAUAUUGUCAAUUUUAUUGAUUGUUUAUUUCUGUUCUUUUUAUCGAUCAUGGAUGGGCAGCUUAUGUCUUUAUUUUAAGUUUGGUUCCAGUCUUGUGGUCCUUUGUUGGUGAUUUAUCAGAAUAUGGCUACUACUAAAUAUGAAUUGGAAAUUACCAAAAUGAAACCAGCAUUUGAAGUAUGAAUAUUUGUGUAUGUCAAAUAUAGGUACUAUUUUAAUAUGUCAAAACCAUUACCAUUCUUUAAUGUUUAUAAUUAUAUCAAAAUUACCAGACAUACUUAAUAUAUAUUUUAAAUUACAAGUGUUUGUAAUUAAUUGUGACGUGAAUAUGACUCAAUUUGCGAAAAUCAGGCCAAAGGCGAACAAAAAAACAUAACGUUAGAAAUUGAGGUUAGUUUUUUAUAAAAAUGCUGAAAUUUUAAGCGUGAUGUUGGUUUAAUUUUUAAUGUCUCUAUGUUGGGUGAUAGUAAAAAAUAAUACCACAUUUUUGCGUAAAAAAAUCAGCAUGUGGAAAAAAACCGUAUGAUUUCUUGCGUUUUGUCAUUUUUAACUCUGGGGCCUGGUUUUUGCACAUUUCGUCACAUAUAUGGAUAUGUAAAACAUUUACAUUUAAUUUAAGUCUAACUAGUUUAGAUAGCAAUUUAAAUGUUAUAACAGUAUGAUUCUUUUAGAAAAGCAGUUUAAUGCUUGCUGUAAAUAGAGAUGGAAAUAUUCACCGUCAUAACCAUUUUUGUAUAACAACAGUAAAAGUGUUGGGAUAGGAUUUAUAAACAUCUAUGUCAAAUGAUACUAAAGUUAACCAUGUGGUAAUGCUGUGUUCACUUUUUAAAGGCACUUGCUGUAAUAGAGAUUGAAAUUUCUGCAUGACCAUUUCUGAUUAAACAGACUUGUAUUAUAAAUGUUUCAUUAGAAUUUAUAUACAUCUUAGAAAAAGACUUUGGAAAGACAGGAUGAAAUGGAUUUAAAUUACUGUCAACAGUAUUAGCCGCUUGAAACUGCUUUCAACCUCAAUCCCAUAAUCUCGUACUGUGAAUUUGGGUCUGUGAAUGGCCCCCUGAGCAUAUUUUAUUCAGAUUACAAAUAUGUAACGUAACAAUAUUUCGGCAAAUCAUUAAAGUAAGAUGAAAAGUGAUGGGAAUAGCAUACAUCUAAAAGCUCCACACUUGACAAACAUAACUCCCUAUGAAAAUUGGAGUUUAAUAAGUACCCCUGUUGUGCUGAGCACUCAGAAUGCUGCUUAAGUUUAAUUUCGUUGAAAAAAAUAUGAAGAAAUCCAUGUCAAUUAGUUUGUGCUUGACACAAGUAUAAAUCUGGUGAAAUUUUACCACGACUAAGCCAUUAAAGUAUAUGUAUUAAGUUUUUUUAUGAAAAUGAGCUUUUAUUAUUAAAAUACAUUUUUAAACAUUUUCAUUUGUAAAAAAAUCACAUUUCUUUUUAUUAGUCAUUAUUAAAAUCAAAUUAUCUUCAUAACUUAGGUUUAAGGUGGAGUUUCUAAAAUAAACUUCUCCUUUUUUUAAACUGGUAAAUAUGCAUAUUUAUUGUGUGGAAUUAAGCGGAAUACCAGAGAAGUAUAUAAACGGGGUUCAAUUUUUCGAGACGUUAUUCAGAUUAAAUUUGUACAGUCAUGUUAAACAUUUAGCAAUGAACAUGGCCCUGGUUGUCAUUGUCCAAUAAAAGGGUUAAUAUUUCGUCAAUAUGUAAAAGCUGUAUUAUAAUAGUCGUAUCAUCCAAUGGCUUGCUUCAAACCCCUCUGACAAUCAUUCACUGGCAAUUGGCAAGGCAUAGCAAUGCUCCCAUUUCAGCUAUGUUAAUUGUACUAUAAAGAAGAAAUAAUAAAUCAGUCAUUGUGUAUUUAAGCUUAAUUCAAUUUACAUUUUAAACAAACAUUCAUAAUAUAAAUUAUGUGUGUAUAAAAUAUGGUAACUUAGUGGGGGAUAAACACAUCUGGCAUACUUCUUAGAAUUUACGACAUUAUAUUUUUGUGUUUUAUUAAUUUCGAACAAAGUGGAUAUUAUUUUAAUAUUUUCAGAAGAAAUACAAAAUGUCCUACGUACAAUUUUUUUUUAUGUUUUAGUGUAAACUGUACAUACAUUUGUUUUUAUUUAAUAAGACUUCAUUGCGACAGUGUAAACGGCGUAUCAUGUUAUGUACAUGUACCUUCUUUGCAGUGUUUUAUAUAACAGAGCAGACAUGAAAAACUACUUAUUUGCCUGGACUACUUGUUUGCGUGGACUAUUUGUUUGUGUUAAUUACUUGUUAGCGUGGACUACUUGUUUGCGUGGACUAUUUGUUUGUGUGGACUACUUGUUUGCGUGGACUAUUUCUUUGUGUUGACUACUUGUUUGCAUUGACUUCUUUUAUAUGUGGACUUCUUGUAUGCCUGGACUACUUGUAUGUGUGGCCUACUUCUAUAAGUGGGCUACCUUUUAUGUGCAUGCGUUGCUUCAUAAAAAAUACAUGUUAUUUUCACAUAAUACAGGUGCAUUGCUACACAUGAAAGCAAUCACAUCGCUACACAUACAAGCAUCUGCUUAUCUACACAUUCAAGACAUGUGUAGCUACACAUACAAGCAGGUGCCUAACUAUACAUACAAGUUGUAUUUUGUAACUGUUUUUAUAACUCCAUUUUAUUAAUGUAAAUGUCAUACUGUACAUAUUAACAGGUGCAAUCUCUUAUGUAUUUUUUCUCGUGUUUUGUAUUUGUAAAGUUUUAAUUUAGCAUAGUUGUGUGAUGACUGAAAUUUUAGCUUCACAUUAUUAUCAAACUUUUCCAAUCUGUUAUUACUGAUUGAUAUUGCUUUGCUCAUGAAACUUGGCGCUUUGUCUUUUAUCUUGCUAAUUAAGAACCAUAAUAAAAAUGAUAAUUUUAAAGAAAUUUGUUAUCUGAUUAAUUGUGGGCAUUUGAUUAUUAUGUUAAAAAUAAAAAAGGUAUUUUUUUAAUUGCUGAAUAUUUGCUUCAUAGACUGCUUUUCAAUAAAAUUGCUUGAUGUUAAUGAUAUUAGGAGUUGUAGCCGUGUUAGCUUGGAUAAAAUUGAUUUUUUUGUUCAAAUAUAUACUCUGAAAAUGUAUGAAAAAAACACCUUUGCAGCAUUUAACAUGCAGAAAGACUGUGCAGUAUUGUAUUUCAAGGAAUUGGUACAAAACUAGUGUAGCUCUAUUUUUAAGGGAUACAAGAAAAUGAUCCUUUUUCUUUAUCUAAUAUCACAUGAAACAGAUUUGUUUUUCACCCUCAAUUCGAAUAAAUGUUGCUCUAGUUUUGCAUCAAAUCCUUGAGAUAGAGCUUCUAAUCUUACCUCACCCAUGAUAUUAUCUUUAAUACACCAAUGGUCAUUAAACUGUGGACAACACUAUUGAUUUUUUUUUUAUUUAAUGUUUACACAUAUGGUCAUUAAACUGUGAACAAAACUGUUGAUUUUUGUACACAUAUGGUCCUUAAGCUGAGUACAAUAAUAUAAAUCUUUUAACACAUAUGGUCAUUAACUAUGGACAUAACUAUAUAUGUGCCAUCAUUCUCUAUGCAAAAGAUAGUAACAUUUAAUCGAGUUUCCAGGAUGUUAUUAGGUUAUUUGCGAUAACAUAAGUACAUUUGAAUAUUUGUGUUUAAUGGUCCAUUCUUAUCAGUAUAUUUGUAUAUAAAUGUGUAUUUAAAUGUCAAGCUGGCUGAGUUAAGAUUUUUUUAUGAAAAACAAGUUGGAUUAAUAAGUUCAGAUAAUAAAAUCUUAUUCUAAUUAGUGCAUAAUUUGGUUUGUCCUUAAGAUUUAUGACCACUGGUGUAUUUUAUAGAUUAUGUGGAUAUCUCCCAGUCAGUUCAUCUGUAUAUAUCCAUGAUAUUAAACGAAAGUGACUCUUGAUUGAAUUUUUAUGUUUUACUGCUUAAUGUUGAGUGUUUGUUUUUCUAAAAUGCUGAUUCUAAUGGGUUCUCAAGAUAAGGAAUAAUCCUGAAAUUGAAAUAGAGAGCUUUCAACUUCAGGCCACAAUUUCUCGAAACUUCUUAAGCUGAACAGGCUUAAGUCGCUUAUUUCAAUGGAUUUUGACAAAUGAAAAAUGAUUUAUUUUGAUAAUCAUACAGAUUAUUCCUAAAUAAUUUCUAAAAAUUGUUGAAUAAGUAAAUAUUACACAUUUUAUAGAACAACAAAAAUAGUGAGAUUAGCUUAAUCCUGUUAUAAGGGACUUAAGAAGUUUCGAGAAAUUGAGGCCUGACUAUUGUACAGAUGUGACGAAUAUUUUUUUGGCUUGGAAAUUUGGAUGGAAAACGGUUGUACCUUGAAUUGAAUAUAAAUGACCUUAGAAACAAUUUCAAACCCUUUACCCUGCUUUGGGCAUAAAUCCCUCAUACUGGAAAAGUUCCCUGUCUAUAUUUCAAGAUAGACAAUUAAUCAGCUGUUAGAAUACCUUGUGAUUUUCUUGCCCUACUACUAAUCCAAAACAAGUCUCUAUUAGCGUGUGGCCUCUUGUAUGAAUUGAUUUAGAGAUGGAUUGGACCUUGAAAGAGUACUUAUAAUUCCUGUAAGUUGCCAUCUCAACGAAUUUUUGCCAGAAUUAAAAGGAUAAAAUAAUUGUGGUUAUAAGAUGUGAAUAAGAAAUUCAUUCUGUUAGCUUUUGACAAGAGUUGCAACACACAACUGAAUGGGCACAUGCAGUUUGUUGAAAAACUAUAUAUAGAUGAUGAUUUCUUCUUUGAAGACAGAUAUGGUAGCUUUAUGGAAAUGUAUUCCUUUAUAUAGUACAUGUAUUAAACUAAAGAGUCUGUGCAUUAAGCAUGUACAUAGAUAUUAAGGUCAAUCGAGAUGUCUUAAUUGAUUCAUCCCACAACUCUCUGUAUGGAUGGUUCUGUGUCUUUAAAGCUGCACUCUCACAUAUUGAGUUUUAAUUUAUUUUUAUCUUUUGUCUCAGAAUUGGCUGAUUUUUGUAUCAAUGCCUUCAAUUCAAUCAUAUAAGAUAACUCAAAACAGAACAGAUCUCAAUAGCUUGAGAAACAGAAGAAAAAUUAUAUUUGUUAAGCGUUUGGCCUUUAGCCAUAGAUCAUCGAUUUUCGACUAUAAAUAUGAAAAGCUUUGAUCUAAAUUAUGGGAUAAUUGGCUCAAGACAAAAAGAGUCAAAACGAUCAAUGUAUGUGAGUGCAACUUAAGUAAGGAAACAGUCUGAAAGAACAUGUUUUCGUGUGUGUAUAUUGUAUUUAGUUGUAUGUGUAUAAAACUAUAAUAUUGAUAUGUCAUAAUUUCAUAAUGCAAUCUUUAUAAUACAUUUAUGAUAACAAAUACAUAUACCCAUAAUGGGAACUACUA